CCGAAGCAUGGCUCUCCCCCACUUAAAAUGAUGAUAUAUUUAUAGAAAUAAAUACUUAUUUCUCUUUACACCAGGUUGUCUAUGGGCUAUAGUGCGACUGAUGAAGUGUUUAAGUAUAAAUGGAGUGGCGUCUACAUCUCAGCUGUUGCACAGUUUCCACUUGCGAGCCAAUAUCGGGAUCAUCAUCUUAUCUCCACGUUUGAAACGAAAUGCCACUGAGAAUUUGACGAAACUCGUUAAUAAGCUACUUCAGCUACAAAUGGAUACGUCAUCUUACGACUGGCUUAUAACCGCGCGGUCGAAUCGAGAUUUCAGUUUCAUUAAUGAAAUACUAAAUGCAACAUCGCUCCGCUUUGAUCAAAAUAUUAUCAUUUCUUUCACACAAACUAAAUACACUUCGAAAUUAAAUAACUUGGGUCUGUGCGAUGCAAAUUUCAUUUACAAAACGAGAAGUAAUUGGGAUCGCGUUAAGUCCAUGUCAGGAAUCGAAGUUCCGUACCCAGUUGAAGCCCGGAAUUUCUUGGGAGAGGAGCUGGUAGUAGGAAGAUGCAACUCCUCAGGUGGUACGUGGACGCCUUCGAAUCCUUCAGGAAGUAUGUUGCUGAUCGUAUGCCUGUUCUUUGCUGUGGUUACCUACAAUGCCUAUGCGGCAUUUAUCACCUCCGUUCUGUCUGUGAGAGUGGCUAGUGUUGACACCAUAGCCGCUGUCCUUCAUUCACCGAACUUCAAGAUUGGGUACAUAAGGAAUGGAGCUGAUCAAAUGUAUCUUAUGUCUACAAAGGAUGUCCAGUUAAAUGCUUUUUACAUUCGAGGAUAUUCCGAUGCGGAUAAUUUAGUAUCAUCCGCGGAAGAAGGACUGGCUAGAGCUGCGAGUCAAGACUACGCUUUCUUUGCGGGACAAAGAGUCGCUCGAGCAACUUUAAGAUCACUUAGUCAAGCUCGGGGUCGGUGUGCAGUUAGGGAGUUACCCGUACAUUCCACUCGUGCGCAUCUCGCCUUUCCUCUACCACGUCAGUCGCCGUAUGCCAGACCUACCCUGCUAUCUCUUCUCCAACUUCGUAGUGGUGGUGCACUGGCCCGCCUUGAGGCAGCCCUAGUUCCGGACAUGCCGCAGUGUGCACCGCCACCCGGCUUCGCUUCCGCAAGAGCUACUGACGUACGAUCCGCACUCAUCUUACUUAUCGUCGGGCUCACCACAUCCCUAACUAUUGGUAAAACUCAAUGUUCACAAUCUUCCUCAUAG